UUACAAAGAUUACAGUGUCUUCAUUCCCUGGACUAUUAUAGAACAAAAGAUAUUUUGUUUUGGAAGGCAACAGGUUUGAGUAAUAAUCAAAACAGUAAUUCUUUAUCAUGAUAGGUGUUUGCCAUACUUAAACACCGAAUAUGCAACAAUAACAACAUGACGUUAAAUAUAUAUCAAACUGGGGGGGGGGGGGGGGGGUUCAAGUUAUUAAACUUGAUAAGUCAGGCAGAUAAACAAAAGUUGGCCGUAUGGUCGACUUUUCUUUUUGACGUCUGAUGGGUUGAAUGCUAUUUUGCGUAAAAUGUGCACGUGUUCUGCGCUCAUUUAUUUAAUAUAACUGAGCUGACAGACAAAAGGCUCUUGUCUUCACUAAACACAGUACAGUACUUUCCUCGCAGAAAUAAAUUGCACCAUAGCACUGUUUCGGGGCAGCGUCAUGUUUUGUGACUGCAAUGGCUUUAUAGAGGCGAUGGGCGUUUCUGGACGCAGAUGGCGCUGUUGAGCAUAUAUUUUGUUUCAGUCCCGUUUCCCUCCAUGGUUGUCUCCUCUCUCCGACUAACUUAGCGUUUGGCUCAGUUCAUUAUACAGUCCUAUAUUCUCCCUCCAUUAGGGCAUCUCUGCCUUUGGACUGAAGAUCCCACCAAAACCCAAGAGAGAAAAGUUUCACUUUCACAGGGCAAGAUGGACAUGAAAAAGAGGAUCCACUUGGAGCUAAGAAACAGGACACCGUCUGAUGUACGAGAACUUGUCCUUGACAAUUGUCGAUCAGUUGAAGGAAAAAUCGAAGGCCUCACAGCUGAGUUUGUCAACCUGGAGUUCCUCAGUUUGAUAAAUGUUGGCUUAAUCUCAGUGUCCAACCUGCCUAAACUAGGAAAACUCAAAAAGCUGGAGUUAAGCGACAAUAGAAUCAGUGGCGGCCUUGAUGUUUUAGCAGAGAAACUACCCAACCUCACACAUCUAAACCUGAGUGGCAACAAAUUGAAAGACAUCAGCACAUUGGAACCAUUGAAAAAGCUGGAUAACCUGAAGAGUUUGGACCUGUUCAACUGUGAAGUGACAAACCUGAAUGACUACAGAGAGAGUGUGUUCAAGCUGCUGCCUCAGCUCACCUACCUGGAUGGUUAUGACAUGGAGGACAGGGAAGCCUCUGACUCUGACGGAGAGGUGGACGGAGACGGCGUAGAUGAUGAUGAAGAUGAAGAGGGAGAGGAGGAGGAGGAUGAAGAUGGAGAGGAGGAGGACUUUGAUGAAGAAGAGGAGGAUGAGGAAGAUGAAGAGGAGGUAGAAGGAGAAGAGGAUGAUGAAGAAGUCAGCGGAGAAGAUGAGGAGGAAGAUUUUGGUCAGGAUGGAGAAGUAGAUGAAGAGGAUGACGAUGACGAUGAAGAUGAAGACGAAGCAGAAACUGGCAAAGGCGAGAAGAGAAAGCGAGACCCAGAGGACGAAGACGACGAUGACGACGAUGAAGACGACGAUUAAGAGCAAAACCGAAAACAUGAGCCUACCGAGUUACCCUUCCUCCCCCACAAACCCGAACAUCCGCCCUCUUACAACUCGCACCGCCUUUGUAAUCCACGUCUACCCCCCCAGCUCUGAGCUCUUUUAAUGGGGCAAGACUGUACCGGAUGGGUGGGCCGAGUGGAGCUGCCCCCCCCCCCCCCCCAACCCUUUUUUUUCUCCCCCAAUGGAACUGAGAGCCACCCAACACCCUCCACCUCACCCACCCCACGGCCCCCCGAGGUUCUCAGGCAGCCCACCACUCAGCAUUCCACAAUUUCACUGUCGAUCCCUCUUUAUGUAUUCCCGUGUGAGAACUUUGGGACUGGUAUCUAGUUUUGGGUCUGUGCUUUUAAUAUUUUGUUGGAUGAAUUAUUUUUUGUUGUUGGGUUUAUUAUUUCUCAUUUUUUGUCUUUUUUUUUUUUUUUUUUUUCUGUUCCUUAUUUUUCCCAAUAAAAUUAUUGCUAUAGCAGCUGUGCAACCAGCGAGCCAUGAUUUUUAGUGUGGCCGCCUGUUGCACAAAUCAAGGUUGUAGCUACAUUUUUACUUUCUGUAUGACAAAAAACAACUUUGUAAAUAAAAUGUUAACAUUU